UACGUGGUUCAGAGCGCCGGAGUGGCACCGCGCUUCCCUGGAUCCGGAGGCGUUUCAUCGACUUCCACUCGGCCUGGAACCUCUUUUGUCGCCCAAAUCUUUCGCCUGUCGCCUCAUCCGCCAAGACUCGGUUCUCGGGUUCAGGAAUCGGCGCCUGUGGGUUCUCUUCGUACUCAGUUGGUUUUGCAGACCUCCCCACUUGUUCUUUCCUCUCACACCCCGAGGUCCAGGAAGGCCCAAUGGACUCCAAAGAGCGAAGUAAAGGGGAUGGGAAUUGUGUGCUACGACCCUUCAGAAACGCUGCUAGCAGAGGUGACCUUGUUCUGUAGCAGAGGCUGGGACCCUGGGGCUAGCGCCCCGCCACCAUCCUCCUUGAGGAAUGCAGCGGUCCAGAACCCGUGCUGUCUGGAAGUGGAGACAACCAGGAAAGAACCGAAGAGAGAGCUUCGGCACACCUCCAAAUUAACUGUUUGGUGACUUGUUAGUGCUGAGGCUACCACCUCUCUCCUGCCCUCCCGCGGGGCUCCCUGCCACCUCACCAUCACCCACACCUCCUGCUUCAUUGCGCCCGCCUCCAGCUCCGCCCCGGCUCCCCAUGCCGGCGCAAUGGAGUUAACCGAAGGGCGAUCAUUGUAGCCACAGCUGCUAACUUAGCACCCACCCUACCUAUCGGUCACCCUUGGCCAGCCCUGCUGCAGGCGCCGAGACGUGGGCGUCCGGAGCCCAGUGCCGCAGCCAGAAUCCGCCCGACGCGCAGCAGAAGCGCCCCGCCAGGGCGCCUCUUGGACAGCGAAGACUGCGCCAAGACGCUGAGCUUAAAACCAGCCAAGGAUCCUGAGAGCAGAAAGGGGACUGCGUGGUUCAGAGCGCCGAGAAUUUCGCAGACAAAUUGCCACCACUAUCACUGCGUAUCCAAUCUGCGCUGAUUGGCGGGAAGGUGGCUCGCCAGAACUCAAGGGUCCGCUGCAAUCUACCAAGAGUCCCUCGUUCCCUGGAGCACUAUGACCUGACCUGUGGGGGCCCUGCUCAGGGCUUCUGCAAUUGAGCAACCUAGGGAAGAAGGGAUCGCUGCCAAGUGGGCCUUCGGGUCUUUAACCCCCCCCCCCAACUGCCACCACCAGUUUCUGCGCCUCCCUCCCUGCGAACCCGAGCCAUGGAGCUCUCGGAUGUGCACUGCCUUAGCGGCAGCGAGGAACUCUACACCAUCCACCCGACGCCCCCGGCCGGCGACGGCGGGAGCGGCUCUCGGCCGCAGCGGCUGCUGUGGCAGACGGCGGUGCGGCACAUCACCGAGCAGCGCUUCAUCCACGGGCACCGGGGCGGCGGCGGCGGGGGCUCACGCAAAGCCUCGAACCCUGUAGGCAGCGGACCCAACCACCAUGCGCCGCCGCUGUCUGGCGAGUCGACGCUGCCCCUCUAUUCUCUGGGCCCCGGAGAGAGAGCGCACAAUACCGGCGGCACCAAAGUCUUCCCGGAACGCAGCGGGAGCGGCAGUGCCAGUGGCAGCGGGGGCGGGGGCGACCUGGGCUUCCUGCACCUUGACUGUGCCCCGAGUAAUUCGGAUUUCUUCCUCAAUGGGGGCUACAGCUACCGUGGGGUCAUUUUCCCUACCCUACGCAACUCCUUCAAGUCUCGGGAUCUGGAGCGCCUCUACCAACGCUAUUUCCUGGGCCAGAGGCGCAAAUCCGAGGUAGUUAUGAACGUGCUGGAUGUACUAACCAAACUCACCCUCUUGGUCCUCCACUUGAGCCUGGCCUCGGCCCCCAUGGACCCACUCAAGGGCAUCCUGCUGGGCUUCUUCACCGGCAUUGAGGUGGUGAUCUGCGCCCUGGUGGUGGUCAGGAAGGACACCACGUCGCACACCUACCUGCAAUACAGCGGAGUGGUCACUUGGGUAGCUAUGACCACCCAGAUUCUGGCAGCGGGCCUGGGCUAUGGGCUUCUGGGAGACGGCAUAGGCUACGUGCUCUUUACACUCUUCGCAACCUACAGCAUGCUUCCCCUGCCGCUCACCUGGGCCAUCCUGGCGGGCCUGAGCACAUCGCUGCUGCAAGUCACCCUUCAAGUGCUCAUACCCAGGCUUGCGGUCUUUUCAAUCAAUCAGGUCCUGGCCCAGGUGGUGCUAUUCAUGUGCAUGAACACAGCUGGGAUCUUCAUCAGUUACCUGUCGGACCGCGCCCAGCGCCAGGCCUUCCUGGAGACACGGAGGUGUGUGGAGGCGAGGCUACGCCUGGAGACAGAGAACCAAAGACAGGAGCGGCUUGUGCUGUCUGUGCUUCCCAGGUUCGUCGUGCUGGAAAUGAUCAAUGACAUGACCAACGUGGAGGAUGAGCACCUGCAGCACCAGUUCCACCGCAUCUACAUCCAUCGCUAUGAGAAUGUCAGUAUUCUUUUUGCAGAUGUCAAAGGAUUUACCAACCUCUCUACGACCUUGUCUGCUCAGGAGCUGGUCAGGAUGCUCAACGAGCUCUUCGCCAGAUUUGACCGGCUGGCUCAUGAGCAUCAUUGUCUUCGUAUUAAAAUCCUGGGGGACUGCUACUACUGCGUGUCUGGACUGCCCGAGCCCCGCCAGGACCAUGCCCAUUGCUGUGUUGAAAUGGGCCUCAGCAUGAUCAAAACCAUCAGGUAUGUGAGAUCCAGAACGAAGCAUGAUGUUGACAUGAGAAUUGGAAUCCACUCGGGCUCCGUGCUAUGUGGCGUGUUGGGUCUGAGGAAGUGGCAGUUUGAUGUCUGGUCUUGGGAUGUGGACAUUGCAAACAAACUUGAAUCUGGAGGGAUCCCUGGGAGAAUUCACAUUUCCAAAGCCACCCUGGAUUGCCUCAACGGUGACUACAAUGUGGAAGAGGGCCAUGGUAAAGAGAGGAAUGAGUUCUUGAGGAAGCAUAAUAUAGAGACCUAUUUGAUUAAGCAGCCUGAGGAGAGCUUGCUAUCAUUGCCUGAAGACAUAGUCAAGGAGUCGGUGAGCUCCUCAGACAGGAGGAACAGUGGGGCAGCCUUCCCAGAAGGAUCCUGGAGCCCAGAACUGCCUUUCGACAACAUCGUGGGCAAACAGAACUAUUCUCAAAUGAGAGAUGAAGUUUUCAAGUCAAACUUGGUCUGUGCAUUUAUCGUUCUUCUGUUCAUCACUGCGAUUCAAAGUUUGCUUCCUUCUUCAAGGCUGAUGCCGAUGACCAUCCAGUUCUCCAUUCUGAUCUUGCUGCACUCUGCCUUGGUCCUCAUCACCACAGCAGAGGACUAUAAGUGUCUGCCCCUUGUCCUCCGCAAAACCUGCUGUUGGAUUAAUGAAACAUAUCUGGCCCGGAACGUCAUCAUCUUCGCUUCCAUCCUGAUUAAUUUCCUGGGAGCAGUCCUAAAUAUCCUGUGGUGUGAUUUUGACAAGUCGAUACCCUUGAAGAACCUGACUUUCAAUUCCUCAGCUGUGUUUACAGAUAUCUGCUCCUACCCAGAGUACUUCGUCUUCACGGGGGUGUUGGCCAUGGUGACCUGUGCCGUUUUUCUCCGGCUGAACUCUGUCUUGAAGCUGGCUGUGCUGCUGAUGAUGAUCGCCAUCUAUGCCCUGCUGACCGAGACCAUCUAUGCGGGUCUCUUUCUGAGUUACGACAACCUGAACCACAGCGGAGAAGAUUUCCUGGGGACCAAGGAGGCAUCACUGCUGCUGAUGGCCAUGUUCCUCCUUGCUGUGUUCUACCAUGGACAGCAGCUGGAAUACACAGCCCGCCUGGAUUUCCUGUGGCGAGUACAGGCCAAAGAGGAGAUCAACGAGAUGAAGGAGCUGAGGGAACACAAUGAAAACAUGCUGCGUAAUAUCUUACCCAGCCAUGUGGCCCGUCACUUCCUGGAGAAAGACAGAGACAAUGAGGAGCUAUAUUCACAAUCCUAUGAUGCUGUUGGAGUGAUGUUUGCUUCCAUUCCCGGAUUUGCAGACUUUUACUCUCAGACAGAAAUGAACAACCAGGGAGUGGAAUGUCUGCGCUUGCUGAAUGAGAUCAUCGCUGACUUUGAUGAGCUGCUUGGGGAGGACCGGUUUCAAGACAUAGAGAAGAUCAAGACCAUUGGCAGCACAUACAUGGCCGUCUCGGGACUGUCACCAGAGAAACAGCAAUGUGACGAUAAAUGGGGGCAUCUGUGUGCCCUGGCUGACUUCUCUCUUGCCCUGGCCGAAAGCAUACAGGAGAUCAACAAGCAUUCGUUCAACAAUUUUGAACUCCGAAUUGGCAUCAGCCAUGGCUCAGUGGUAGCAGGCGUGAUUGGCGCUAAGAAACCACAGUAUGACAUUUGGGGUAAAACUGUAAACCUGGCAAGUCGAAUGGACAGCACGGGGGUGAGUGGCCGGAUCCAAGUUCCAGAGGAGACCUAUCUUAUCCUGAAGGACCAGGGCUUUGCCUUUGAUUAUCGAGGAGAGAUUUAUGUGAAGGGCAUCAGUGAGCAAGAAGGAAAAAUCAAAACGUACUUUCUCCUCGGAAGAGUCCAACCCAACCCAUUCAUCUUGCCCCCAAGAAGACUGCCCGGGCAAUACUCUCUGGCUGCAGUUGUCCUUGGCCUUGUCCAGUCUCUCAACCGGCAAAGGCAGAAGCAACUACUCAAUGAGAACAGCAACACAGGCAUCAUCAAAGGCCAUUACAACAGGCGGACUUUGUUAACACCCAGUGGGCCGGAGCCUGGAGCACAAGCUGAAGGCACCGACAAAUCCGAUUUGCCAUAA